AUGGCCGAGCCGCGCCGCGAGCCGGAGCCGGAGCCCGAGUCCGUGUUCCCGCGGGAGGACGGGCUCUUCGCCGACUCCUACUCCGAGGAGAGCCGCUUCUGCUUCUGCGGGCACGUGCUGAGCAUCACGCAGCACUUCGGGGCGCGCCUCGGGGUGGCCGCCCGCGUGUGGGACGCGGCGCUGAGCCUCUGCAGCUUCUUCGAGAGCCAGAACGUGGAUUUCCGAGGCAAGAAAGUGAUUGAACUGGGCGCCGGGACGGGCAUCGUGGGGAUCUUGGCUGCGCUGCAAGGGGGGAAUGUUACCAUCACUGACCUGCCCCUGGCCCUAGAGCAGAUCCAGGGCAACGUCCAGGCCAACGUGCCGGCCGCAUGCCGGGCCCGGGUCUGCGCCUUGUCCUGGGGGAUUGACCAGCAUGUCUUCCCUGGAGACUAUGACCUGGUGCUGGGGGCCGAUAUCGUGUACCUGGAGCCCACCUUCCCUCUGCUGCUGGGCACCCUCCAACACCUGUGCGGGCCCCAUGGCACCAUCUAUCUGGCCUCCAAGAUGAGAGAGGAGCAUGGCACAGAAAGCUUCUUCCAGCACCUCCUGCCCCAGCAUUUCCAACUGGAGCUGGCCCAGCGGGAUGAGGAUGAGAAUGUCAACAUCUAUAGGGCCAGGCGCAGGGAGCCGAGACCUGCUUGACAUCACCCGCAGCUCUUCUGGACCCCUCGGCUCCUGAGGGAAGUGUCAUAUCUCCAAAACCGUAAACACGAGGACGAAAAAGGCUGGAUCGCCCUCGUUCCUCCUUUUUGGUCUCUUCCCCCAGGUACUUUUGGGCAUGAGGGAGGCACCUGCUUGCUAGGAACCCUCGGGCCCUGGCAGCUCUGGAUGGGAGCAUAGGAAGGCGGGAGGGGACCCAGGAUGUUUAGGGACGGGGUGGUAAAUGGAGUGUUAGAGCAGCGGCUGUGGAGACUGUCACUGAGCACUCCCGAUGCUGCUUGCUUUGUUCCGUUUCUACCCAGUGGAUUUUUUCUGGCUGUGCGCCAGAUUCUAAUGGAUUUUUUUUUUUAAGGGAAAGAAAUUGGCAUUAGAAAUCUCUCCUGUAACCAAAGAACUAAGGGUUUUGGUGGAGAGCUGAGAAGGAAGACCACCCACUUCUUGUUCCUAGAGCUGGAGUCUAGUGGGACCAGGGCGCUAGCUGGGUCAAGUCCCCAGGCCUCUUCAUCCUUUUUGGAGUGGGUGCCCUGACCAUUCAGUGCGGGGUUCUUUUUCUCUCUGGCUUUUCUUUAGGUUUCCAAGCCCUGUCAGUUCUUCCUUGCUCAUGGCUUUGCCUUCGCUUCCUCACUUCCUAUUUGGUGCCUGCCUUACUCCUUGGGCCUGUGUCACCCCUCUGCCCUCCUGGCCUCCACUGUGAGAGCCCCUUCAAGCCAUUUGCAGACUCUUGUGAUCUUUCAGAAUCAGCGCUGAUUAGCUUCUGCUGCCUGCCGAAGCCACGCUAAGCUCCUCUGCUUGGCGCUGAUUCUACCCCCUGUGACCCCAAUUACAGUGCUGCUUCAUUUCCCGCUGGCUUCCUAUAUGGACUGCAACCUCUGGCCAACUUCAGGGGGUCUGCUCGUUGUUCCUUAAAUCUGCACCAAGAUUCCCUGACUUCUUCCUUCAUCCCUUCUGAUGAUUCCUUUCCUGGAAGGGCUGUUUUUACCUGUCAAAAUCUUCAAUACUCUGCCUCUUUCCUGAAAGAAAAGGAAAAAAAAAGGCUAUUCCAGAACUUUGUUUGGAUGUGAUUUCUCUCUCCCUUGAGACUACUGGUUUCUCAUCUGACGGGGCUUGUCUUGUGGGGUCGCGGGUUCGCUCCCUAUUCUCUCACCGCUCCAUCAUCUUGGGGAGCAGAGUUUACUGGUUUCUGAUUCCCCGAGACAGCGCAGUUCCUGGCACACAGCGGAUACUCAACACAUAUUCUGCUCAUCCAACAAAUAUUUCCUUGGUUUGUAGAAGGGACUCCAUCCCUACCUCUCUCGGCGCCUUGCCAAGUUCCUGACCCACCUUUCUACCUCACAAGUGUGUCCUGAGGCAAAUGGAUAAUGACUGUGAGAACGCAUUGAAAAUAAACAAAAAUGUUACGCGCUGCCUU